UUUUGUGUUCAGUCUAAAUGUCUGGAAGAAAAAAAUCGAAGAUUCGAAAUAUCAUCGUAAAUGAUUAUUCAUAAUUCUUCCUUUUUUCUUUUAAUUUGUGAAAAAUCUUCGAACGAACGUAUAGAUACGCUUUUAUGGUACAGGAGAAGUUCAAGAAAAUAAUAGGUAUUCAACUUUUAUCGAGUACUCUGGUAGUGUGCUUUAUUCUUUACGAAUUGGCAAACACACCAUUGAUCAGCUCUAAAUUUCUGGAAUUCGUCCUAUAUUUGGCGUGCAUGAUGACACAGAUCUUCGUUUAUUGCUGGUACGGGAAUCAGCUCAAAUUAAAGAGUGCCGAGAUUGUGGUCACGAUUUUCGAAUUAGAUUGGAUCUCCCUUGACAAUAAAAGUAAGAAAGAUUUGAUAAAUAUAAUGAGAAGAGCGAUGAAUCCGAUCGAGUUGACCUGCGCAUACAUCUUUACGAUGGAUUUGAGAACUUUCGUGAGCAUAUUGAAAAUGUCGUACUCGACGUACAAUUUCCUUCAGAGAACGAAGGAAUCGUAAGUUACAAUGUUUCGAUUAAUCUUUGCGUAAUUAAGGAUUAAUCUAAUUCGUAAAUAACUUGAUGUGAAAAUUUUCAAGAUCAAGAACGUAGAAUUUUUUCUAAUUCGAAAUUUUGUAAUUACAACAUUAUAAAAUUUGACUUAAAAUCUGAAGUUUAAAAUUUUUCCAUAAAAAAGGAAGCGAAUCUUAAACUUUGAAAUCAAAUUUUAACAAGCUAUAUAAUAAAAUUAUCUAUUAAAUCGUAUGAGUCU